GUGGGCAUGGGCAUCCUGCUUUUUGUGGGCAGAACACACUUGGAAACAAGGAAUGUUUUUGUAUUGGGCUUUAAUGCUUUCCCGUAGCUCUUUCCAGCAAGUGAGGCUGGGCUAGAAAGAGAAUGUGUGCAGUGUACGCAUGCUCCAGCAUCUGCAGCCCCCUCCUUUCCUUUCUCAUUCCUGAUCUCCUCCCUUCUCCACCCCUGCUUGGAGCUGCCGAGAGGGAAAGGAACUAGCUCAUCUAUUGAUAGGGAAAGGAGGAAGAAGGGAGGAGGCUGAUCUGUCACUGGGAACCUCUCCAUCAUCUUCCCCAAGUAGCUGGCUUUAUCCAGAAGCAGCUGGGACUCUGGGUAUUUCAGCACCAGAAGCCCUGGACAGCUCCAGACUCAUUGAGCUGGUACUUUGAGCUACUGCUGAAUCCGCCCAGAGACGUCACCACACAAAGAAAAAGAGCCGAAGCAUCCUUGCUGGGUGCAUCUUUGAUCUUGAUCAAGCACAAGAUCCUUCUCCUUCCUUUUCCCUUGAGCCCCACAGCAAGGUUUUCUCCUAACCCAUGGGCAAAAAGAUGCUUCUCAAGCUGUUAACUGUGUUGUCCUUGAUUGUGGGCCAGAUGUUUGGCUUCCCAAAGCCUGAAGGUGCAGGAGAAGAUAAAGCAAUAUACAACAGAGAAUUAAGUGUAGAGAGACCAUUGGAAGAACAGAUUGCUGAAGCAGAGGCAGACAAAAUGAAGAAAUCACCCUCAACAGAUUUUCCAGAAAAUAAGCCAGAACUCAGGAAUUAUUCAUUUGUGGAUGACUUGAACCUGCUGAGAUCUGCUGUGGAAAAAGACAGAAAGGAAAAGGAAAUGGAAUCGAUCAGAAGUUCCCUGUAUAAUCAACAGCUUGCUCUUGAUGAUGCAGAUUCCACCAAGAGACGCAGGCUGGUGGAUGAGUAUGACUCCACUAAAAGUGGUGUGGAUUAUAAAUAUCAAGAUGACCCAGAUGGACUUCAUCAGCUUGAUGGGACACCAUUAACAGCUGAAGAUAUUGUCCAGAAGAUUGCCAUGAGAAUAUAUGAGGAAAAUGAUAGAGGAGUCUUUGACAAGAUUGUUUCCAAGCUUCUAAAUCUGGGCCUGAUCACCGAAAGCCAGGCCUACACACUAGAGGAUGAAGUGGCUGAAGCAUUGCAGCAGCUCAUUGCUAAUGAAGCCAAAGACCGGGAAAAAGCAUCUGAGGAUCUUGAGGAUCUUCCAAGCAGGAGUGACAGUCAGACUAAAGAGAAGCAGAAAGGAAAAAUGGUGUUAAAAAACACUGAUCGGGAUGAUACUUUGGAUAAUACUUGGGUUUCCACCAACAUCUUAGAAAGGAGAAAUGAACUGCCCCCAGAGGAUAAUUUUCAGGAUCUCCAGUAUUUCCCUAAUUUCUAUGAACUGUUAAAAAGCCUUACCUCCGAGAAAGAAGUGAAGGAAAAGGAAACCUUAAUUACAAUAAUGAAAACUCUAAUAGAUUUUGUCAAGAUGAUGGUUAAAUAUGGAACCAUCACACCAGAGGAAGGUGUUUCAUACCUAGAAAAUCUAGAUGCCAUGAUAGCACUGCAGACAAGAAAGAAACUUGAAAAAUCCAAUUCCCAGAACAAGCUAUCAGACAAGAGCACCGAGGAAGCCGACAGCACAAAAACAGCCACGGCUGAAAUGGAAAAAGAAUAUGAAGCCCUGAAAGAUUCCACAAAAGCUGAGGAAGACAGUACAGGAAACAACCAACAGCCCAAAGGGAAAGCAGAAGCAUAUUUGGAAGCCAUCAGAAAGAAUAUAGAGUGGCUGAAGAAACAUAAUACACAGGGAAAGAAAGAUGAUUAUGACCUUUCUAAACUGCGGGAUUUCAUAGAUCAACAAGCUGAUGCUUAUGUGGACAAGGGUAUCCUGGAUAAAGAAGAGGCAGAUGUAAUCAAGCGUAUCUACGGCAGCCUGUAAAGGAAAGAAAAUCUGGCAUCUCUUGAAACUGUAUGGAAUUCUAGUCUAGCUUCACCCACAUCUAGUUCUAAGAUCUACAACUUUCUUUCUCCCCACCACACCCCAGGAAAAAAAGGUGAUUAGAAAGUAUUCUGUCUCCAUUGUACUGAAUUUUAUCCAGGUUAAAAAAAACAAACCCAAUAAUUGCAUAUUCAUUUUUUCUCAACUUUGAUCAACCCACUUAAAGCCAACUUGCUGCCCACUUUAUAGAUAACAGGGUAUAAUGAUUGCUUACAUCGUGCCCCCAUUAGCUUAUCAAGUGGCUCUUUCAGAUGAUAUGUUUUGAAGAACAGCCUUCUCCCCUACCCCACCAGUAUCUACCAGCUUGUUCCAUUGUGACAUGGCUUUUUAGAGAUACUGUUCUAAAAAACUGUAAAGGGCAUUACUAGGGGCAACUCAGCUUAAUUAACUGAAUUUAACUCAACUAAAUUUCUGCAAAGAAAUCUCACAUUCGCAUUCUCCUUUGUGGUAACUAUUGUUUCAUGUCCCAGAAGGUACUGUUGGAAUGCUGUAAUGUAUUAGUUUUCUUGCUGUUUGCGCAUUCUACAUUGUCUCCCCAUCCAUGUGCCAUUAAGUCAUGGCUGUGUGUUUAACACUGCAUCAGCCUUUAAAAUAGAUCUUACAGGGAGAAAGAACUGUAUUGUCACAAUAUUGCUAUGGUCAGGUACAGUAGCAACUGUUGUCAUUCACAUACUUCAUUGUUCUUGAAUAAGUGUUAUUUCUCUGCAUGUAUAAAGAACAGUUCUUGAUGUGAGUAGCUUAAUGAUAUGUGAAUAACUUCAUUUCUAAGGGUAAAAAGGAGGUGAAGCAAAGCACUUGAGCUUAGAAGUGUGCUUAGGAUCAGACAUUUACAUGGAAGAUGAUUGAUGUGCUGGGGCUUGUGGGGAAUGCAGUAUCGUUUAGCAACGCAGGGUUUCAUAAAUGUCUUGUGUCUGUAAACUUUUGAUUUUGCCUGAAUUAACACUGAAGAUCCAAAUUAAGUAUAAAGGGAAUUUUAUACUGGAUUUAUGUAUAUACUUAAGUUUAAGUUAAGUAUAAACUUAAACUUAAGUAUAUACAUAAAUGCUUAAGUUUACUUUAUAUACUUUAUACUGGUAGUCCCCGGGUUAAGAACACCUGGU